GAAACUGCACACCAGAGGCCAGCCAGCUUUUCAAUGGACGGAUCCAUUUGACCGUUGACACAAGACUUACCGAAAAAUCAUGUAAUUUAAUACCCUUUCCGGAUUAAUAGGCAUAGGAAAGCUUCAAGAUUCAAACGGCAAUGGCUCCAAGUGGUAUGACGAAUGCUUCUCUUGCUGGAGUGUGUGCUGCAUUUGCUGGAAUAUGUGCUAAAUUUGCGCUUUCUCCCGAAAAUCCUCAAGUUUUAGUCCGAAUUUUGGACGCAUACAUUCCACCGUCCUACAAUGCUUGGAUCAUUAGAGGCUUUUUUGCUGUUGCAACACUCACCUUUAAUUCGUUGAUGCUCACUUUAACAGCUAAGGCUCUUCAGUUAUGCCCAACAACAGUUCAAUCAGUUGUUACAACUUCAGCUGUGAACUUCCUAGUCACAGGAAUCUUGGGGACAGUUUUUCUUGGAGAACAUAUAGGUUUCAUUGGAGUUAUAGGAAUGAUAUUCAUCCAAAUAGGUGUUCUUAUCAUAAGCAAUGAAAAGGAGAAGGUUGACUGAUGUUCAUUUCAUGUUCUUACAAAUUCAAUGCUACAUAAACAAUGUGAAUGUGAAUUACAUUCUGGGCAUUUCACCCUGUAA